CAAGGACAAAAACUUGACCGAAGACGUCCCAAAAAAAGGAAGCCAUACAUUGUAUCUUUGGCCGUAUUUUUAUGCGAAAAGUUGUGGACGAAGCUGUUAAUUUUACACAAAUGUUAGGUAAGUACUCCACAACUUCUAAAUGCAUGUGWAAAAUUGGAUACUUCCGAAGGACGUAAUUUGUAAUUCACAUGCGGAACGUUAAAUUCUUCGGUUUUGGAUAUUUCUAACUGGGAAAUUACGAUUUUCUUCAUAAUUGUCAAAAUCAUGCCAAUUGCAUCCCCUCCUUCCGAUUCUAUUCAUCGACGCAUUCUCUGUAGCAUAUACUUCUACUCCACUACAUUUGAAGAAAGGAAGCAAACAGCCAUGUCACAGCAACAGCAAAAAAAUUUCCUCGGUUCAUGCGURCGGUGUACAAGGACUAUGAAGAACCGUAAAUCUGGGGUGUCGAAGGCUAUUUGGGGCAGUGUUCUUCUGAUGGCAGUUACUGCCACUGUCACCAACGCUUUGCCAGAGAUACACACCAAGCCUCAGGAUACAACGACAGCGUCAGGUUUGCUUUACCCUUGGUUGACUCGAGACAGGGGUGAUGAAUCUUCUCCAUUGCUAGUUUUGAACGAAGCAGACGUAAGAAACAAUGAUCUCGACGAUAUUUUUAUAUCACGCAUCGUCGGAGGAGACGCCGCUUCAGUUGGGGAGUAUCCCUAUUUCGGUACGUUGAAUGUGGAGUGAUGAAAAACGGAUUGAAAACGUAGAACACAACAUCAUUAUGUCUGGAGGACUGCGACGAUGGAACGGUUCAUGCCUUGCAAAAAUGAACAGACUGUGCCUUUGCUUUAUAUUGAAUUGGAAUGUCAGCAUACAGGCCAACAACCCAAAAAAGGCGUAAAAUGUUGAAACAUAGAAUUUUGUGAUUCCUCCAGUUGCCAGUUUUCCUUACAUGAUUUAAACCUUUCUGUAAUUUGCACACAAAAUCCGAAAACCACUACGACACAAAAUACACAACAAAACAAACAUGAACAAUGCAAUAUGAAAAUAACAAUAAUAUACAAAGUACAACCCCUCGCCGUUGGUUGUGGAGGUGUCUUGAUCGCAAAUGAAUGGGUGUUGUCGGCCGCCCACUGUGGUGACUUUUCAAAACGCUUCGAUUACAAUACCGGACGCGAGAAACAAAUGCAGGUGGUGAUUGGGAACACCCAGCGGACAUCUAUUAACAACGGUGUAGCGCAGGUCCGGUAUUGUAUGGAAUAUGUUAUAAACCCAGGCUUCGAAUUUCGCGGAGAUAGCAUCGAUGCAGACAAUUUCAAUGCUCCUUUUCAUUACGAUUACGCAUUGGUGAGUUAUAUUGCACGUCAAAUCGUGUCACCUCGUAUUUUUCGUUUUUCGUGCAUGUCGCGGCGUACGAUAUGGCUGUUUGAUAGGUCUUUGAUGCACUGCGCUCGCACCAUAAAUACCGUACUCAACUUAACUCUACGCAACUUCCAGUGUAAAUUGGACGUUCCUGUCUACGUCGACGACAGGACUGUUGUCUUGAAGCUUCACACUGACUCUUCCUCCAACGCCUUUCCGGGGGUUGGUUCGGACGUCACGGCAGUUGGCUUUGGAACUACUUCGAUGGGAGGAGAUGUAUCGCAAGACCUCCUGAAGGUUACCGUACAAGUAAAUUCAAACCAAGAAUGUGCGACUACAUCUGUUCCUGGGGCAACCGAUAAGAUAGAGAGACUGACGCGGGAUAUAUAUAACGAGAACUCGAUUACGGAGGACAACAUCUGUGCGUCGGUCCGCGGGGGGGGCAAGGAUUCCUGCCAGGGUGACUCGGGAGGACCGCUCGUCAAAAAGGGUGAAGUGCCUGCUGGUAGCAAACUUCGUCGGAUCGACACGCACGUUGGUGUCGUCUCCUUUGGUCUCGGAUGUGCCCUCGACCACUUCCCUGGUGUUUACGCACGGACGAGUUUCGCUAUUGACUUCAUCAACAGGACAGUGUGUGGCCAGAGUCGAUCGCCAAUGUGCAAAGAAUGGCGUGAUGGUCCAGUUGUUUGCGAUCCAAGCACAGAACAGCUGCUAUUAAUACAGGUCGUAACUGACGCGAAUCCCGACCAAACCAGCUGGUCGUUGUCGACAAAUAGUGGUAGCGAUGAUGUUCUACCGCAGAUCCUGCGCUCGGCGGACGAUUACGACCAACCGUUUUUUGUUUACGAGGUACGUCUUUUUAUUGAAGUCUUCGUUUGUCCAACGUCUGCCUCUGUGUUUGUGUAAAAGCUUGUAGGACAGACCUCUGGAGAAUUCCACAUGGCAAGAACCAGCAGACAGUGUAAUCCUCAGCAAUACGAUAGGAAGAACUGAAUUCACGUAUCUUUGUUUUUGUUGCUAUUUGUGUGCCCACCCGUUGCGUUCCGAUGUAGGAAUCGGUAUGUCUUGAAAGAGGACAAUCAUACACUUUUGACAUCCAAGACGAAGCUGGAGAUGGCCUAAACAAUCGAUCCUUCAAGGCAGGAGGCCUCGACAUGACACAAGCAGGAGGAUUUUAUUCACUCCGACUAGACGGUAUCGAACAGUAUCGAGAAUCGGACAUAGGCGCUCGGCGUACAAGGGUCAUCAAUACCUUACCAUCACUACUACCGCAAUCCGAUCCGACUCCUGUAAGCACAAACAACUCGCAUCUUUGCACAACCCCACUUUGUUCCUCUUGGCAUCCGAUAGUGGACUAACAGAACAUUUUAUCUUUCCUUGUCACUUCUUAUUCAUCAAACUUUGUCCCACUUUUACGGUCACUGAUUCCAACGAUUUGAUGAUCACCUCCUUCCCUAUGGACAUGGCAUUACUCCAUGAAUUGAUCAAUUAAUCAAAAAUCAAAACAAUCUCGCGUCUUUUACAAUGAUUGCUAUACCCUGAACAACAAAAGCCGCCCGGUGAUUGCACAAACAAAGAGUUAGACUGUGAUAGCAUUUUCAAAAAAAUUAAAAAGAAAAGGAAGAGAAGAAGGAAAUGCAAGAGGAUCCCGAGAAACUUGAAUAGACGACUUAAGUUCUAUUGUCCUUCCUUCUGCAACAAAAAAUGCAAAUAAAUUAAGAAUAUCGAACAAACCAUGAAUGUAAUU